GUGAAUUAUUGUUUGUUACCUUGGAGGUGGUAUGUCAAUUGUGCUUGUCUUUUAUGUAGAGUAAUUUCCAAGGUUUAUAGUAUUCGUCAACAACUGAGAGUUAGUGACAUAUUUAUUUAAAACAUUUUAAAUAAUAUUCUGAAGAAAACUGUAUGUCCUGAUAAUAAUCUGUGGUUUCUCGGAAAGGUUUACGUCAUCGCAAGAUCUCCCCACCCAUUGUUCAGUGCCAGUGUUAUUUUGACAUAAAACUUCAAAAUGCAAGCUAUUAAGUGUGUUGUGGUUGGAGAUGGAGCUGUUGGUAAGACAUGUCUUCUCAUCAGCUACACGACAAACGCUUUCCCGGGGGAAUACAUCCCCACAGUAUUCGACAACUACUCGGCCAACGUGAUGGUGGAUGGCAAACCCAUCAACCUAGGGCUGUGGGAUACAGCGGGUCAGGAGGACUACGACAGACUGCGGCCGCUCUCCUACCCCCAGACUGAUGUCUUCUUAAUCUGUUUCUCUCUGGUGAAUCCCGCGUCGUUUGAGAACGUCCGAGCUAAGUGGUACCCUGAAGUACGGCAUCACUGUCCCAGCACUCCCAUCAUCCUGGUUGGAACCAAGCUUGAUCUGAGAGAGGACAAGGAGACCAUCGAGAAGUUGAAGGAGAAAAAACUCUCUCCAAUAACAUAUCCUCAGGGUCUGUCAAUGGCCAAGGAGAUCGGAGCGGUGAAGUACCUGGAGUGCAGCGCUCUCACACAGAAAGGCCUCAAAACAGUGUUUGACGAAGCCAUCCGUGCUGUCUUAUGUCCUGUUUUGCCGCCAAAACAGCGGCGGAAAUGCGUUCUGCUGUAGAUUGACUGGCUGUAAGCCCAAAACUACAAACUGUUCUUGUGUCACUGAAUCCCUCCAAACAUUUGUUGUAUUCGAUACAACUUACCCUAACGUUCAUGAACACUAAAAAAUUCAACAUUUCAUUAAUAUACGUGCUAAAAACAAUAUCCUUCGGUAAUCAUGGCACUAUUAUAUCCACUAUUAAUAUACUAAACUUUUAAAACUCUGAUUUACACGAGAUGGCAAAUUUAUUUUCAACCAACCAAGAAUAAUCCUGCACUAAAAAUUGGGGCUCGAUCAUUGGAGAGAUAUUUGUGCAUUUUGUAAAAAUGUUGUGGUUAAUAAAAACCAUGAAGUAUGAAACUUCCAACUCCCUAAAAAAGUGACACAAGAAUGUUUAAUGCUUUGUUUGAUUUUUUUAAAAGGUAUUCUAUGUAGCUACAAUUUCAGAAUUUAUUUGGUUGUUAUAUUAAUUGUUGUAAUUUAAUAGGAUUUGUCUAUGCCUGAGACAAGGUAAAAAUAAAUAAAUAAUAAUACUCCCAAUUUCUCGAGCAUAGACAAACUUCCUCAUAGGUCUAUCUAAUCAGCUGACGCUGAGAUGCACAACUAGAGGAUUUGAAGACUCAAAUCUGAGGACCCUGUUUACUUAGUGCUUAAUGAAACGUAUUAGUAUAAAAUAGUUUUAACGCUGUUGUAUUAAUUUUUACAUAACCUGUCCCAUUUGAGUCUUCAAACUACUCGCACAAUAUUGCCAUUGCAGCAAUAUAACUGAGAAUAUAACCAGAAUAUAUGAUUGUUGUUUUAUAACUUUAGGCUAAUAUAAUUUCUUAUUGAAACCAGUUAAGUUUAUUCAUAAUUGAAUGCUUUCCUCAUUACCCUGAUAUAAUUUCUCUUAACAUAGCUGCAUUUAUGUUUCAGUCCACAUUGUUGAUUGUUGGCUCGUCAGAAUCCUAUGUUGAAUUUGAUAUAGGUUAGGUUACGUUGGAUAGUUUCAUGCUGUGAGACAAGUUUACGACAGAUUUUAUCUAUUUAAUGUCGGAGUACCCGUUGUAUUUAAUGUACGAGAAUUAAAGAUUUAUAUUUUUGAAUGGUUCAGCUUAUGUCGAGUGUAUAUAAAGUCUUUGUGAGUGAUCGGGGCGGAUUUCCAUGCGGAAAUUACAGUUUAGCGCAAAUUAUGUAUUUGACUCUAUGAAUUGGAUUUGAAGAGCGCUGAGUUUAUAAGAAAAAAAAGAAUAUAUAUUUAGAGAUUUAAUGAGAUUAGUUGCUUUUACAAUGGUAUCCCUUGAGUUAGGCGUAUUUGCUUUAGCAUAAAAUACAAUCUUAGUUAAUGAUAAAUUGAUAAGUUGAUUUUUAUGAAAAGAAACGUUUGGAUCUGAUAAUACAACUAAACUUUCUUAUACCAUUUGUCAUUAAAAAAUAAAAACCUUGUAGUAUUUUAGGUUAGUAACCAAAUAAUAUGAAAACUAAAAAAUAACUAAAAUACUAAACAAGUUAAUUUUCUUGUGUUUUGCUGAGUGGAGAUUCUGGUGUGACAAACACAAUAUCAUUUCCCAAAAUACCAAAAUAGGUCAUAAAUAGUUGAAUUAUCUUUUGUUUGUUUCUCAUUUCAAACUAUAAGGACUUCAUAGGUUAAUUCAACUAAAAAAUGAGAGAUUGGUUUGCAUUAGUGUAAUAACUUAUUCUAAAUUAUUUAGUUGUGUUGACUGGUUUUAUUUAUUCCUAGUUUACAUGCCCAACUAGUGUCAGCACAAUAUUACUUCAGUGCCAACUACUACUUCACUUUAUUUUACUUCACUGUCGGAGAUCCGCGGAUAAAAGCUUAGCAUCGUCGAAGGUUUGUCGUCUUUCAAGAUCUACAUAUGGUGUGUAAUCCUUGUAAAUAUCAGUAACUCUUUGAGCCUCAUAUGUAAGAUAGUGUUUCUUAAAUUAUGUUUAUGAUUUUCAACUGAGUGUUUCAAUGUACCGAUAAUCGUUCUAAAUUGAAUUCCCACAAUAGGUUGGUUGUACUGUUUUAAAAUGAUAAAACCUUUGAUUAUUGAUAGAAUUAGACAUUCCAUCCUCAUGUUAAAGUUUUUGAAUCAACAUUUACAUUGUUGAAUAGAGCUACUGACAAAAUGUGCUGAUGUUAAUAAUUCAUAUCUGUUUACAGUUAAUUUUUAACCAGGUCAAUUUGGCAGGAUGAUUUAUUGUAAGCUAUAGCACAAUAAGUUUCAAUUGACAUGUCCAGGUCCCUGAGACUGCCCAUCAUUAAAAGGCUAUAUCUUUAAUAUCACACCAACUAUCUUAUUGACAAAAACGAAGGGAGGAAAUAUAAUUUAAAUUUUAGACUAAUACAUUCUGUGAGUGUAAAACUAAAAUUCUAUGAUCUCCUUACUUAACGAAGUUCUUUUUUAGUAAAAAAAAUGUCUACAGCUGGUCCAUAGAGAUAGGAUUGUCUACUUCAGUAUUUAAAGGUCUCCAAUAUCUGGAGCUACCUCAAUAUCCACACUUUGCAAAUUGAAUUAAUUUUUUAUCUUUAAUAAUAAUCAAGAUAGCUUCUGUGACACGUCAAAAGCAAUUUUUGUAUUUGAUUACUUACCGUAAAAUCAACUAUUCUCCAAUACUUACUAAAUUAUGUUAGUGUAAAUUGUGUAUCUUUAUUGUACAGUGUUUUCCAUGCCAUCAGGGGAAAAACUUGAUCAUUUUUAUGAUUUUUUUAAUUAAUUUAACCAUUAUUUGUAUUGGAUAGUUAUUUUUUAAAGUGCCUCGACUAAGAGUUGAUUUAAGUUAGUGGGUAAUAAUGCAAAAAUUACUAAGAAAAUAGGGUGAUUGACAAAGUUUUUUUUUUAUGUAAAAAAGGACUCUACAAAUUAUGAACAUGAGCUAUAGUCAAGAAAUAAAGUAAGCACUUAGAAGCAAUGUUAAAUUCAGAUCUUUGUUGGUCGUUAAAGCUAGAUUCUGAGUUGAGGGGAAAAACAAUUUUAUCUUUCAAUCAGCCAUCCUUGGCAAAUAUAUAUUUCUAUAAACAACCACCUCAUCAAAUUUUCAUUAUUAUUCUUAUUUUGUUACUGUUAUUCUUUAUUUUAUAUGGAUCUGUAUUUAGUUGACGGACCUUUUAUAGAAUAAUUAUCGCACAUUAAAAAUGAACCUCUUGUAAAUGGAAGGAGGUUUAACCUACUGAAACACUGUAUUCACGCUAACUGCCCCUGUAUAUAGGCUGUAGCAGAUGUUUGUAAAUAAUGUCUAAUCGUUUAGAUAAAAUAAAACAUUUUAAACCACUC